AUGAUGAGUCGUUCAUGUACGCGGGAUUUGCCGCGCGCACAUGACAUCACAUGUAAAACUGGUAGGCAUGCUGGAGCGGACAGUACCAACCGUGGAUGGCCACGGUAUGAAUGGAAAACAGGUAAAGAGGAAGAUGCAACUGCUAAUCGAAAGCUUGAGCCCGAAAGUCAAGAAGUGGCUGAUACUGUCUUAAAGCCAGACCAGUCCGUGAGAACUGCCCGGAUUUCCUGCCGAUACUGUCCAACUCCGCCAGCAGAAUUAACUUGCUCAAAGUCUUUACCUGGAACGCUUCCUCCCAUGUAG